GCCCUAGAUAUUUUAGGAGGCACUUAUUACUUGGGGAAAAUAGUGGGAAUUUCCCGGGCUGAGCAACACCAAGUUUUGACUUGGAGUCAAUUUCCAAUUUCAUCUCCUAUCUUUGGAUAUUCCUGUGAGUUUCCUUUACUUCUCAGAUUCUGUCUUUUCACAGUUGGCGAGGCAGAGGUCUCAUCGCUCCCCUCUCUCUAUCUCCUCCCCCCCAAUCUUCUACCGAAACCAAAGAUAACCUAAUACCCCAGCUUAACGAAAGUCACUUUUUAAGUCAGCUUUCUUCCGCUGAACUUCGAAGAGCCAGUCACAACUUUUCCAGAGGAGGGAACCAGAGGGAAAUAAAUUCUUGGAGCCACGCCUCUCACUGUCUCUCGAGAAGCUCCGGGAAUCCAGAGUUUAUGGCUGGUAGCUCUGGAGCCAUUCCGGGGCUCCAGAGCAGGAGAGCAUCCUGGAGACUCUGCGUAUUCUUGUUCCUGACACCAAUUCAGAUAGUCACUGGAAACCAGGGAAGUAUUGUAGGAAGUUGCCCUUGUGACUUGAAGCUGUCUGGUUCCCCGAGUACUACCCAGUGGCAGUUACUCAGAACUAAACUCCUGGGAUAUGAAAACUGCCACAACUACAUAAGGUUCCGCCUGCCCAGAAUAACUCUGUGUUCAAGCUCGGAAAACUCCUGGGUCCGGAAGCUAAGGACCUGCUUUGACAACCAUGAAUGUGGACUCACCAGGACAAACCAGUCUGUAAAUCAGGGUCCUCAGGAUGAUUACCUCACCACCAGGAUCCAGAGCCCAAACCCAACAGAAAUGGACCAUUCACUCCCAUUCACAACCACUGAUCCAUUCUCCCAGACUGAUCUGUCAACAAGGACCCAGCCCAAGGGAAUGAGGAAUGACUCCACCAGUGCCCUUCUGGAGGACAGCAUCAAAAAACAGAAAUGGGCAGCCAAGAAGGGAGAAGUGGACCAACUCAGCACCUCUGCCAUCUUAUCUGUUCCAUGCCUACUUGGGAUUGUCUUUGUCCUUAGUGGAGUUCUUGCUUAUUUCUGGUGUCGAAAGCGAGGAGCUGUAGCAUCUCCAAAGCAGCAUCCCGAAGGUUUUGAGCUGAUAAUCCCAGAGACAAAUCUGCCUGACUCCUUGAGAUAAGCCAUGCUUCAACCAUCUGGAAAAAGCUAGACUUUUCUACAGGGCAACUAUACUACAAUAUUUGCUUCUAUCAUUAAAUCUGGAGAGUUGGUAUUAGUUGAUUUGUUUUUAAAUUUCUGAAUCAAUGCCUCCCAGAAAUCUUCUGCUUGGCAAUUUCGUCUUCCCAAGUAAAUUCCAUCAGUAUUUCCCUCUACACUGCUCUACUUUCUAAGAUGUACCUAACCCAAAUCGGCUAACUUAUUCUUCCUUCUCAUCUCAAUGUACUGCCCUGCUUCUUUCCACCUCUCACCUGACUUUGAACUCCACUCUCCCACUCCUCCCUCGGCUCUUCUCCUUUUAUGCCAUAAUUAAAUGCUUUUAUCCAUCUACAUGGAAAAUAAAGGCUUAUUAAAAGUCA